GCAAACUUGCUACAACUCUACACAAUCCGAAGCUCAGAAAUGAACCUUCAGCAUCUUGCAGCACUUCUCGGAGGACAUGAAACACCCGCUGCUGUCUCCUUGUCGUCCGCGGCCCUGGCAGCGAUGGACCCGGACACUCAAGCCUCGGAGUAUGGCCAAAUGCUGGAGGAACUUACCAGAAUGACCCACGAAAUGGCAGGCGGGUUGCGGGAGUCAUCUCAAGCUCUAGGCAUGCCGUUCCCCAGUCUCGGAGGCAUGGAAUCAAUUCUAGGCGUACCUCGCAUAAGCGUCGAAGAAGCCACGAACAAAGCGAACAGAUGGAGAAGUAGCCUCUUUGACAGUGUGGAAAGGUUGAGGAGAAUAUUGGAGAGACAUGAAGACACCAUUCGAAAACGGUGGACGAAGAAAACCCAACAGCAGCGAAAGGCCAUUCUCCUCAACGCGUGGCCGAACAUGGCUUGGAACCACCGCCCGGAUUUCCACGCGCUCCGACGCGACGAAGAGCGACAAAGCGAGCCCACGCGGUUCAGGGAAGUGUACAUGUGGCCUCACAUGAAUCAAGAGGACUUGUGCAAUGGCAAAACAUUCCUCCUUCUGCUGGAUGCUCGCGGGCAUAGUCCUCCAAUCGAUUUCCGGUUUGCCGAUAUCGAGAGUAUUGGCGUAGGGGUCAAAUUUGGUGCGCUUACUCCCAAGACUAUCCCAGGACCAUACUACAUGAGCUUUCGAGAGUGUUCGCGGAAUGAGUACGGCAAGAUCAUCAGAACAGAGUCCUAUGCAGACUGGGGCACCGGCAUUCACGUCAAUCCUGCAGAUGGUCUCGACCUCCUCGAGAUCCAAGAAAGAGUGCAGCGAUUCUUGGUAUCAGCAUGCGAGGUACUCCUGCACGACAAAGGACCCGAUCUAACGAGCGGUGACCCUGUUGCUCUACCUGCACCCCUCACCAUAGAGGACUCGGAAUGGCGUUCAGUUGCUACACUUGCGACACGUGCCCCAUAUACGCGGCCGGAGACUACAGACCUUUUGAAACUGAAAGAUCUUAUAGAUGCGAGACUGGCCGCUGCGGAAGAUCACAUCUUGUCGCUCCACGAGGACCCAGGCUAUUUUGCCACCCACGUCAGGGAAUGGGGUGAUCAUCAUAUGCUCAUGGUCCUAGACGACAAGAGGAAAGCCGCGCCACAGGUCGCAAAUGCAGCUCAAAAACGAGAAUUCUUGCGCUGGAAGUGCGUACCGAACGCUGUUUACUCAGCGUUUGAGGAUGCAUACUGGUGGGGGGCUUUGCAAAAACAUUUCCAGGAAGUUAUUGAAAUGGAUCGUACGUUCCACGAACGAGGACUAGAGCGAGAAGAACAACUUCCCGGUUUCUUGGCGGCCCUGCAAAAGGUCAAACGUAUACUGCUCAAUCCUAUGGAACUCUAUCUGUAUCAACGUCUCAACUCUCAGUACCCAGCUUCACCGUCUAUGCGGACUUAUUUCCAACGGAGAACGGAUCCGGCGGACCCUAGACGGGUCUUUAUUGAGACACGAAGCGCCGACGACGGGGAGACGAACGAUGAGCUCAUGUGGUUGUUGAACAGGCUGAACGAUCGAGAGCGUGUGCAUGUGUGCGGCAUGGGCAACCUAUGUGUCGAAUUAGAUCGAUUGAUCCAAUCGGAUUCGAAGCAAAAGAAACGCAUCACCGCAAUGCUGGAUGAUCUUAUAUCGGACAUAGGUCUUACGGCUGAGCUCUACAACCAGCUCUCACGAUACUGGCCACGAAUUUUCCUCCUGGAACGAGGCGUGAAGCAUCUAAGUAUGCAAGAAUACCAACUGCUCGAGAGCCCUUGGUACAAAGAUGUCCAGGCACCAAUGAAUAGUAUCUAUGCCGCUCAAGGCUCGAUGCAACUAGGGUCCGAUGCUGACGUAUUGUCGGAUUUGUUUCAAUAUCCGGUCUCGAAGCGUCGAACCCAGGAGAAUGUGGAGAUUAUGCAGCGCGCUGAACGGCAUCUGGACCAUCUUUGGGGCAAAAUUCGCAAAAGCCUUCGAGACGGGAUGGAUGAAAAGUCACAUUUGGUCAUCAGCGCUCUGUUGCCCGCUCGAGAUGAAAUACGGCGAACAAAAGAUUGGCAGGCGCCUGUUUCACUUGCACAAAAGGCGAACACCGACGCCAUGGUUGAGGACAUGAAAAACCUUGAUCUGGAAAGAGAGAGGAGAAGUGAGAAGACGAUCGCCAACGAGGUGUCGGCGCCGCGAACAAUCAAAACGAAGACUCGUUCUCAACAGCUGACGGACAGCGCCCAUGUUGGCCCUAUUGAUCCGACACAAGAGCAACAUGAGGAUUCCAUUCCCCAGCCCCAAACGUUCUCCUUGAAGAAGCGCGCGCUCAAAGUUUUCAGCACCAUCUUCCACAAUCCACUCUCGCCGGACCAGCCAGGCGAGAUCCCCUGGGCCGAAUUUCUCCAUGCAAUGUCGUGCAUGGAUUUCAUCCCCAGGAAACUCUAUGGAUCCGUGUGGCAGUUUUCGCCGCGGCGCAAAGCCUUGGAGCGUAGCAUUCAUUUUCAUGAGCCACAUCCCAGUGGGAAGAUUCCGUACCAUAACGCGAGGAGGAUGGGCCGACGGUUGAAUCGCGCUUAUGGGUGGGACGCCGAAACAUUUGAGGCUGAAUAGACGGAGUGGAAGGGAAUAGGGUUUGGAGAGUAUAGUUGUAUAAGACCCGAUUAAUUUCUUGAUGUCUAGAAUUCCUGCCUAUCUAGAUAUCCUAAGAAUACAUUAGUGGUAACGUGUUUUACUAUCAACGCGGAAAUGGGAAGUAAAGAAUCGUGGAGUUGAGAGGAUUCUCUUCUUAAUCUCCUGCUACGAAUUGUUUAAAUCGCUCAUCUGAAAU